GGGAGGGGUAGGUUGGGCGUGGGAGGGCAGACCAGGGGGUAUCAGUGCCAGUGUCUCGGUCUCGCAGAAAAGCUUCUAAAUUUAGAUUUCUGAGAAGACUGUGUUGUCUGAGGGUUUGUCUGAACCGCCUCCGAAGACCUCUGACAUUUGUCUGAUAAUUCCUGGGAAUUUACCUGUAUUCCUGCUUGAAGAAGCAAGAGGGAACAUCUCGGCUGAUUAAACACACUCCAAACCAAACAGAAGUGGGAACAUGGUGAACAGUGAGGCGGCUACGUGACCAGCUUUCUUGUCCUCUCCUUUUCGGCAGAUACAAAUCACUUGGAUUCAGGCGAGUUUGCUUUGCUCCGUGGGAACCGAACGGGAGCUGGAGGUGGGAGUGCACCCUCUUUUCUUAAAGCUUGGCUUUCACCCGAUUUUUCUUGCUAAAUUCUGUAGUGUGCCCUGGGAGCUGCAACCUAACACCUGUGGGAGAGCAGGGACCGUGUUAGGAGGAGUAGAGAGACGUAGGGCCCCUCCCGAGGACUUUUAAACUCAUUCUAAAGACCAACAAAGCGUCCUUCCUUUUUCAGAAGAAUCCGUAGUAGACCUGAAUUCCCGUUUACCUUUCUUUCUACCUCAUAUUUCUUCAGGAUGGUGAUGUUCAGAUAGCUAUCCAUUUGAUUUCUUGGUUUGGUUUCAGAUUCGGGUUUGGGAACUGAGGCAGUGUUGAAAGUAAAACUGAAUGAUCUUUAGGGCAGUGUGUCUACGGGUUUUAUUAGCUUUUAUUGCCUACGGUUGCCUGUAAAACAGCUGUCUAGCCUCUGAGAUCUUGAUGUGUCAUGAAGAGUGUCCUUUCAGUCCCAUUUAUUUAUUUUUAAAGAGUCCAUAAUGGCCUUUUUAUGGGGGGGGGGCGCGGCAGGAGGAGAGUAUUUGCUUAUUUUUCCCUUGAUCCCUCAGGUGUGAAGUCCUAUUGGGUACCAUCUGGUCAGUUCCUCAUUUGGCCACUAGGAGGAUUGUGAGAUGCUGUGGACACUGCUGAUUUAAAUACGCAGAUGCUCAUCUGUGUCUUCUGACUUAGAUAUGAUAGACGACUGCCUGAAAGCUGCUUCCUUUGCCACUUCCUGUGGAGGCCUGUCUUUGCCAUUUGCGGUUUCUUUCUUCUUUUGGUCAGCACCUUGCAAGGAGGUAGUAACAUAUCCAGUCGUGAAACUGGGAAAGGCCAGAGCUCUUGGAUCAGGGAAACAUGUCCCGCCGGAAACAGACAAAUCCAAAUAAAGUUCACUGGGAUCAAGUAUUUGCUGGGCUAGAAGAGCAAGCCCGCCAGGCGAUGAUGAAAACUGAUUUUCCUGGAGACCUUGGCAGUCAGCGACAAGCUAUCCAACAAUCAAGAGAUCAGGACUCCAGUAGCAGUGACAGUGAAGGGGAUGAAGAGGAGACCACACAAGAUGAAGUCUCUUCCCACACAUCAGAGGAAGAUGGAGGGGUGGUCAAAGUGGAAAAAGAGUUAGAAAAUGCAGAGCAGCCUGUUGGUGGGAACAAAGUGGUAGAGCAUGAGGUCACGGAGAAUUUGAAUUCUGACCCCUUGCUUGAACUCUGCCAGUGUCCCCUCUGCCAGCUAGAUUGUGGAAGUCGGGAGCAGCUUAUUGCUCACGUGUACCAGCACACUGCAGCAGUGGUGAGCGCCAAGAGCUACAUGUGUCCUGUCUGUGGCCGGGCCCUUAGCUCCCCAGGGUCAUUGGGCCGCCACCUCCUAAUCCACUCCGAGGACCAGAGGUCUAACUGUGCUGUGUGCGGAGCCCGUUUCACCAGCCAUGCCACCUUUAACAGUGAGAAACUUCCUGAAGUACUUAAUAUGGAAUCCCUACCCCCAACCCACAAUGAGGGCCCCUCCAGUGCUGAGGGUAAGGACAUUGCCUUUAAUCCUCCAGUGUACCCUGCUGGAAUUCUGCUUGUGUGCAACAACUGUGCUGCCUACCGCAAGCUACUGGAAGCUCAGACCCCCAGCGUACGCAAGUGGGCCCUACGUCGACAGAACGAGCCUUUGGAAGUACGGCUGCAGCGGCUGGAACGAGAGCGUACAGCCAAGAAGAGCCGACGGGACAAUGAGACCCCCGAGGAGAGGGAGGUGAGGCGCAUGAGGGACCGGGAAGCCAAGCGCCUACAGCGCAUGCAGGAGACAGAUGAGCAGCGGGCCCGCCGGCUGCAGCGGGAUCGGGAGGCCAUGAGGCUGAAGCGAGCCAAUGAAACCCCGGAGAAGCGGCAGGCCCGGCUGAUCCGGGAGAGGGAGGCCAAGCGGCUCAAGAGGCGGCUGGAGAAAAUGGACAUGAUGUUGCGAGCUCAGUUUGGCCAGGACCCUUCUGCCAUGGCAGCCUUAGCAGCUGAAAUGAACUUUUUCCAGCUGCCUGUAAGUGGGGUAGAGUUGGACAGCCAGCUCCUGGGCAAGAUGGCCUUUGAAGAGCAGAACAACAGUUCCCUGCACUGAACCAUAUCGUCCUGCCUGACUGCCCACUCACUCAGGCCCACAGGGAUCAGUGCUGCGGCCACCCACAAGGCCCUGUCCUUACUGCCAGAGGCAGACCCGGGUCUGUUGCAGGUGGACCCACACACCCCUUGCAUGUGGGAGCAUGAUGAUGGAAUCAGGAGGGACCCUGCUCAGAGCAGCUCUGGGAAAGGGAGCAGGCACUCCAGGGAACUGGACUCCCCAGCCCACUGCUACAGGGCAUGCUGAUAGUAAUGUGGGGGGCCCUGGUGUGGCCCACGAAGUUGUGAGGGCAAAUAAAUUAAUUUUAUCUUUAUUGGCCUUCUCCUGCUUUUCUCUCAGUUUCAUUCUAGCAAAUGAAGUGAUCUCAGAGAGACGUCGGGUCUAAGUUUUCAGGUAGUGAAUUUGGAGGCUUGUUCUUUUCUGAGAGAGGGUGCUCUUCAACUUGGGCUGUCCAAGCAUAUUACUUAUUAGGGCGUUUACAAGUUGAUGAGGAAUAACUAUGACAUUAAAGGAAUAACCAAUGCUGACCUUGUGAGGGUCAAUUCCAACAACCAUAAAGAAGAUAUCUAUGGUCCCAAAGGCUAUUUAAAUCUAGUUUACAUUUUUCAAAUGCAGAAGUACAGUAGUCCCCCCUUAUCCAUGGAGGAUUUUUUCCAAGACCACCUGUGGAUGCCAGAAACCUCAGAUAGUACUGAACCCUAUAUAUACUAUGAUUUGUCCUAUACAUACAUACCUAUGAUAAGGUUUAAUUUAUAAAUUAGGCACAGUAAGAGAUUAACAACAAUAAUAAUAGAACAAUUUUAACAAUAUACUGUAAUAAAAGUUAUGUGAAUGACAGAGCAGGAUGGCACGAGAUUUCGUCAUGCUAUGUAUUCAUUUAACAUUUGUGAACCGAGGUUGACCACGGGUAACUGAAACCACAGAAACUGAAACCACGGACAAGGAGGGGCUACUGUAGUGGAAGCCUUUCUUCAUAACUAGCAUUUUCUAAAGAAGAGUAUGCAGUACUUUGGUCAAGGUGCUGGCUACUUUUCCCAGCAGAAUUCAGCUUGUCAAAUAUAGUUCUAUCCCAGACAGCAGUCAGCUGCAUCUAGGAAUAUGUUCAUAGAAAUGACUGCAGUAUUAAGGUCCACUGCACCAAGGAAUUCGUGUUUGUGAGAAGAGGUAAUCCAUCUUUUCAUUUAUUCCCCAGAGCCAAGAGAGAAUAAUCAAACCCAUUGAGGAAAAUCCAGAAUGAAAGUGAUAAGAGAACGCAAGUCAAAAGUGGUCAAGGCUGGAGCAAAAAGACAAUAGUUUAUAUGGCUCUAUGGAAGACACAAGAGCUGGGUCAUGAUUCUGUGAUGGUACAGAACAAGCACAAAACUUUCCUCAGCCUGCACCAAGGGCUGUAUAUGGUUUAGAUAAUUAUAGCUCUUGAGGUCCAGAAGGAAGUGCCCUAGUUAAAUUGUAGCCAGAAAAAUAACUAUGCCAAGAAUGUGGACUUCUCCAAUAUUGUAACAAGGAAACUUGGACUUCUCUCUGACCUCCAUAGGUUCAAGGCUGUUUAAUAGUGUUAACUGACCCCUACCAAACAAGGGUUAAUUCCAGGCAGCCUGAAAUACAAUAUUUCUAUCCUGAAGACUACAAAUUUGUUAGUAAGCUAAUUACAAAGUACUAGACAUUUCAAAGAAACAAGUACUGUACUUAUCCAAAUGUCUUUCUCUCACAGAGCUCCAUAUUGAAACCCUACAUACAUAAGUUUCAAAACAGUUGUGCCAGAGAUUAUUCUGAACACUUUACAUGGAUUGUCAUUUAAUUUUCACAAGAAACUAUGAAUUAACACAAGCUGAGGAGCCAGAUGCCUGGGUUUGAAACUCUGCCCAGCCAUUUAACAGCCAUGUAUCUUUAGGCAAUUUAUUUAACCUGUGUCUUGGUUUCCUCAUCCACAAAAAUGGAAAUAUUAGAACAAAUCACUAUUAAUACAUAUAAAGCACUUAGGACAGUUUCUGGCACACACAGUAUUAAGUGUUCAAUAAAUGUAUCUGAGUCACCAUCAUGUAUCUCAGUGUUUCACCACUUACUAGUAGCAAGCAUUCUAAGUUAGAGCAGUUGCUAUGAUUGGAGCUGAGUUAUUCCUGCCAUUUCUGGUGGGACUCCCAGCAACGAACAGAACUGAGGGAAAGGCCAACCGUGAGGACACCUACAAAUCCUUGUGAUUGAUUCUGCUAGUAUCUAAGUCUAUAGGUAGACUUCUGGUUCUCUGAAAUACACACCAACAGACUGUGUAGACCAUGCUUCAGGACUAGUUCAUACAAUAUGCACUGAGCUUGAGGUUAGUUUCCAACUCUCAUCACAUGAAGAUGGAUACCAUGAAGGGUUUCUGUCCCCCACCCAAUGGCCACAAUCUAAGGCCAGGAUUGGAAAAAGGCGCAAACACCAAAAGGAAAAGCUAGUAGUUUAUAUAGAUAGAUAUAUAGAUAUUGAUAUAUAUUGUGUUUACAUAGUCCACAAGUUAAAUGCAGGUAUCCAUAAGAAGAGCAUUAACAAUAAAAAUACAAUCUGUGUGUAGCCAAGUACAGAGACUUAAAAUGGUAAAACAGCAAAAAGGAUCUCACAAAAGUACAAAUAUACAGUACAAAUUGAUUUAUUUAAAACAGUUACAAAAAAGCACAACAAAAUAGAGAUUAUCCUUAGAAUUAUUAAUGCUUUGUUAAAGAUCAGGUAGGAUUAGAGGGUAAGAAAUGGUAUUGGGUGGGGGGAGCACCUGACUAGUUCUAAGGCUUUAGAUACAAUGCAGAUGAUUACAUAUUAAUUCAGCCAUUACAUACUGGGGAUAGUACUUGGGGGAUCAGUAAUUUAUCUACAGGGAACUCCUACACAAAUCAGAUCCAUCCAGAUCUCCCCAGUGCCGUCCUUCUCUACUCCUCAGGACACUAAAGCCACCUGGAUGACAUUCUCACCCUUCCUUCUCCACCCCAGUCCCUAUCCAUAUAUUCUCCCCUCCCCUAAGGUGCUGUGCAAGCUGAGAGCAGUCUGCUCUCUGCAGCUGGAACAUAUACUGUUUUGGCUACAGGGAUCCUGUGUGUGACUAGGAAGGUUGUAGGGAACAGCCUUAUUUUAAUACUUCAGGUUUGCCAAGAGUACAGUCUUGUCCCCAACACAAUCUGGAUUCUCUUGAAUGCAAUACAAGUAUCAAGCAAGUGAGGGAUCAACCCUGCCUUCAGCAAUACCAGCAAUAUACUAACCACUCACAGCUCACAACUAUGUGCAAACUCCCUGUCCAGGGGGUGAGUGUAAAACCACUAGGUCAUCAGCUCUAUCUCUCUAAAGAACCUCAGUCCCCACGACAGUCAUAAAGACAGAAAUAAAUGCUUGCGAGUUUUGACAAUAGGUAAAGGCACAUGGGCUGCUGCCAUACACACUGCAGACAGGAACCCAACUUGAGGCCAUCUUCACUGCUGGGCGUUUGCAGUGGAAUGGCUUUGGGAUCACACAAACUUUGAGUUUGCAAUCUACUGGGGAAGGAUGUAGGCUUAACAGGAAAACUAAUAAAGAAACUUUAGUGUGAAAAGUGCAUUUAUUACUACUGUUCCUGCUGGGGAGGCUCAGCAGGGCGAACUGCACCAUCUCUCCUUCUGCCCCAGGCACUGUGCAUAGUCUGCAAGUAAGGAGAGAGUGCAGUCGACUCUAGCAUCUCAAGGGCCAAUGUCAUCCUCGGCCCAGACCAGGCCUCUGGUCCAAAGAUGGAUCCUAGAGUUGAAAGAGCAACUGACAGCUGCAAAGACCCAGAUGCUUGUUUUAUUAUUGCAUAAUGCGGAAGACCUCCCCUACCCCAGGGAAGCAGGAGGGUGAAGAUUUCCCAGCAAAGGGCUAGUAGAUUCCUGACCAACAUCCAACUCUGUAUGGUUCAGCUCUUCAACUGUAGUGUACACUUUUUCCCAUCUGUAAAGUAUUGUAGCUUCAGUGUGGCUUACUCUAAAACUUCGCCUCUUCCCCUAUUUACUUUGUUUAUAAUACUAUGACCUAAUUCCCAUGGCCAAUUCAAUUAAUUAGGUUAUUUUUACACCAAUGGAUCAAGGCCCUUUCCCAG